CGGUGCGGUGCGGCUUUGGUGCGGACAUCAGGGUCCACCCCAAUCUCAGAUUCUCAUCUCACCAAACCCCGUAGCACAACCCGCCCGGCCGGCCCAACUUUUGCUCGCCACCCAGGCCAAUCAGCGCUCCGGAAUUGAUAAAGCUCGUCUUCUUCACUUACCUAUCACCUAAGUCGGACCAUCGCAUGGGCAGGAAUAUGACCGAUCCCUCCCCGCCGACUUAUUUAUUGCGUGCUGUGUGUUUGCCGACCUCCUAACUUCCUGACUUCGAUUCCUUCACUCAUCCACCUCCCAAUUCAGUUCCUGAACGAAGAGUAUCAGCCAAGGAACAUGUCUGCUGCUACUGUUUCUCGCCAGUUCGCCCGCGCAGCCCUGCGCUCCUCUGCUCGCCAGACGUUUGCUACAUCAUCUCGUCAGGCUUUUCGUCAGGGUGGUCGCCGCUUCUAUUCGUCCGAGCCGUCCAAGAACUCCAGCGCCUCCCCCCUUCUCUACGUUGCCGGAGCCGCUGUUGCCGCUGGUGCCGGCUACUACCUGUACAAUCAAGGUUCCGCCUCCACCAAGGUCUUCAACCCCACCGAAACCGACUAUCAGAAGGUCUACAAUGAAAUAGCCGCCCGCCUCGAGGAGAAAGACGACUACGACGAUGGCAGCUACGGCCCCGUCUUGGUCCGUCUUGCCUGGCACGCCAGCGGCACCUAUGAUGUCGCAACUAAGACCGGUGGCAGCAACGGCGCUACCAUGCGAUUCGCCCCAGAGGGUGAUCAUGGUGCCAACGCUGGUCUAAAGCAUGCUCGUGAUUUCCUGGAGCCCGUGAAGGCCAAAUUCCCUUGGAUUAGUUAUUCGGAUCUGUGGAUCUUGGCAGGUAUCUGCGCUAUCCAGGAGAUGCAAGGCCCUACAAUCCCCUACCGGCCUGGUCGUAGUGACAAGGAGGCCGCUGCCUGCACACCUGAUGGACGUCUUCCUGACGCCGCUCAGGGCACAGACCACCUGCGAAACAUCUUCUACCGCAUGGGAUUCAACGACCAGGAGAUUGUCGCUCUUGCUGGUGCUCACGCGCUGGGUCGCUGCCACACUGACCGCAGUGGUUUUGACGGACCUUGGACCUUCUCUCCUACCGUCUUGACGAACGACUAUUACACCUUGUUGCUGAAUGAGAAGUGGCAUAUUCGAAAGUGGGACGGCCCCAAACAAUAUCAGGACAAGACCAAGGGUUUGAUGAUGCUUCCCGCCGACUACGCCCUCAUCCAGGAUAAGGUGAUGAAGCCCUGGGUUGAGAAGUACGCCAAGGACAACGAUCUCUUUUUCAAGGACUUUGCCGCCGUCGUCAACAAGCUUUUCGAACUGGGCGUACCGUUUAAACCCGACACUAAGCCCAUCAUCUUUAAGCCUUCCAACGCUUAAGCGCCUUUCCUUGUCUCUAUAACGAACAAAAAGAAAACGACAACGACGAGCGAGUGUUUCAACGAUACCACCUUACAUGGGGAAUAUAGGGAAUCAAGACUAGAUAAAACUUAGACUAGACUUAGAUCCGGAUAGAGGAGUAGUCGAGGUACUUCGCCUGGGAUUGGCGACAAGCUCGCUAAAGCACAUAGGACUGGUUGUCCUCCAUUUUGUGUCUAUCAUUAUUUGUUGGUUUUGGCGAGCGAGCAGUUUUGCACGUUCCUUCUCAUUCUGUAAAUCAAAUGUAGAUAAUAAUGAGAAGGUCAGAGCAGUUGAAA